GGGUGUCGGAAGCUGUUCGUCGCUCCGGCCAGGGGGCGGGCUCGCUGCUGAAGGCGUCUCCUCAGCUCUCCGCUAGCUCGGCGGCGCAAGAUGGCCGACAUCUCUCUGGACGAGCUCAUCCGGAAGCGCGGAACGACGACCAAGGGACGGCUCGGUGCCAGACCAGGAGUUGGAGGCAUCCGCUCUCGAGUUGGGAUCCAGCAUAGUCUUCUCAGCCAGCCAACUCGCACAGCCACAUUCCAGCAGAGAUUUGAUGCCCGGCAGAAGAUUGGCCUCUCAGAUGCUCGCCUAAAGCUGGGAGUGAAAGAUGCCCGGGAGAAGCUUUUGCAGAAAGAUGCUCGGUUUCGGAUCAAAGGGAAAGUACAGGAUGCCAGAGAGAUGCUGAACUCACGGAAGCAGCAGAGCACUGUACCCCAGAAGCCCCGCCAGGUAGCUGAUGCCCGGGAGAAAAUCACUUUGAAGAGGAGAUCCCCUGCUACCUUCACAAGCCCACCCAUUGGGACUGUGACCCCUGCUCUGAAACUCACCAAAACUAUCCAGGUUUCACAGCAAAAGGCCAUGGUGCCACUUCAUGCCCAUCCAGCUGGAAUGAGGAUCAAUGUUGUCAAUAACCACCAGGCCAAACAGAAUUUAUACGACCUAGAUGAAGAUGAUGAAAUUACAACACCUGUUCCUACUAAACAAAUGAAGUUUGCAUCCACCGGCAGCUUUGUCCAACACACGACUGGACUAAGCAGUUCCAAGUUGUCUGUGUCCAAGGCUCUCCCUCUCACAAAAGUGGUUCAGAAUGAUGCCUACACUGCUCCUGUUCUCCCCUCCUCUGUUCGAACCAAAGCCCUGACCAACAUGUCUCGGACGCUGGUGAACAAGGAGGAGCCUCCCAAAGAGCUGCCGCCUGCUGAGCCUGUGCUUAGCCCCUUGGAAGGCACCAAGAUGACUGUGAAUAAUUUGCACCCUCGAGUCACAGAAGAGGACAUUGUUGAGCUUUUCUGUGUGUGUGGAGCACUCAAGCGGGCUCGACUGGUCCAUCCUGGGGUAGCAGAGGUUGUCUUCGUGAAGAAGGAUGAUGCCAUCACUGCUUAUAAGAAGUACAACAACCGAUGUCUGGACGGGCAACCCAUGAAGUGCAACCUUCACAUGAAUGGGAAUGUUAUCACCUCAGACCAACCCAUCCUGCUGCGGUUGAGUGACAGCCCCUCAGUGAAAAAGGAGAGUGAGCUGCCUCGGAGGGGAAAUCCUGCCUCCUCUUCCAACCCGCCUGCCGAAGUGGACCCAGAUACCAUUCUCAGAGCGCUCUUCAAGUCCUCGGGGACCUCUGUGACCACACAGCCCACAGAAUUCAAAAUCAAACUUUGAGUGGGGGAGUGAGGCAGCCAGAAACAGGGCAGAGGGUGGUGGCUCUGUUUCCUAAGGCAAAGCUUGAGACCAAUGGGCUGUCGGACUGAAGGCCCCUAAGCAAGGAAAGGCACCAGGGAGAGUUUCCUCACUGGACGGGACCCACCCUUCUGUGUUGUCCUACAGCCCGCCCUUCUGUGUGUUACGUUUCUAUAGUAUGUUUCCUCCUUCCUCAACUCAUCACCAAGCUAGGAAGUGUUUGUCGGUGUGCCUCCCCUACCCUCGGCCCCAAAGCUGAUUUCUUCCCUAGGACAGUGCACUGUUUUCCUGGGUGACCCUUCUUGUGGCUCCAUGGGACACAGGACACAGGGGCUGUUGGAAAGACUGUUUUUGUAUUAUUUUGUUUUCAGGAGUUUUCUUGUUCUGUUGAAGUUUUCAAAGAAAACAGGGAAUGAGUGGGACCUCUUGCCCUUUGGUGGGCACUGGGUCAGCUGAGGGUUGGGGACGUGACUGCAUUAAGUCAGUGGCCUCUUGUCAUUUCUAGACAUGAUGGGGGCAGGGUAGGUUCCCUGUGCUGGCGUAGGCAGUCCAAAAGGCAUCCCAGAGUUGAUGUUCCCUUGUUAGAGUUUUGCCAAAGGCGCUGGCCCAGUUCUCUCAAAUUCUUGAUGGGAGGAGGGAGGGACCUGUACUGUUAGCCCUCUUGGGUCUCACCUGACAGGGCAGCAUCACAGCCUGGGCUUGGUGCAGAUGCCAGCUCUAGGUUAGUUGGGCCUUUUUCCAGUCUCCACCUCAGACUGCAGCACAAAGGACUUGGGAGAGAUUGACUAGAGCUAUUGGCUGGCUCAGACUCUGCUUUUCUGGCUUCAGUGAGCUAUAGAACAGCAAUGAGGGUUACCCAAAGUGCAGCUGCCACCAGGGCGUUUUUCUGCUAGUGUAAUUGCACACGGCCAUGACUGCUUUGUGAAUAGAGCCAGCCUGCCAGUUUCCUAUGGUGUGCUCCUGGACUAUUAGUGUAGAACUGUGGGGCUCAGGCAGCUGCUGAGAGUCAGGCAGCAGUAGUCCAGAGCUGAUCAGUAGCCCCCUGACGAUGGGAACAGAAGGAGAUUCUAAGCUGUCAUAGCUGGAGCAGGAUUCUAAGUGUACAUAUCAGUAGAGUGUGCACAAGCUGAGGAAGUAAAGGAAGCUAAGGCACCAUGAUCUGAAGACUAAGCCCGUAAAGAGAACUUCAAUUAAUUCAAAAUUUCCUGAGUUAGGUCUGCCCAGGUAGAAGGGUCUAGUUUGAGUCAAAAUUAGUCCUUUACCUCUGAGAUUGCCCAGCCAAGGAAUCUAGGAAUGGCAUUUGGCUUGCUCUACUCUCCUACUUAAAGAAGCCGCCUUCUCUGAAACCCUUCUAAAUAGGUACAAGCUUAAUUCUUCUCAGCAACUGGAAGACAUUCCUCCAUGUUUUACCCUUGUGGCCCAAGAGAAUACCCCUAGACACUAGGGCCUGACUUCUCUGCCACCGGAAAGAGUUGGCAUGCCUUUCACUUUGUGUAGAGUAGGGAUGGCCAAAGCCUUUCCUGGGUCCCCUGCUCUCUUUGAGCUAGGCGUGCUUUGGAUGACACACUUGAACUGAGCCUCAGCCUCCCGGCUACGUGGUACUUGGGGAUUGGGAUGCCACUCCUGCAUUUCAGAAUGUCAUCUUGGGAAACAGAAAGAAGGUGGCCAACCCUCAUGUCUCACUCCCUUGCAUUACUUCUUUGUGUCUUGUUCAGGAGAGAAAGAUAGCGCAGGAUGGGGCAUUUAUUUUCCAUUUCUCAAUAAAUGUUUGUUAUUCCUAA